UAUACCGUUAAGGAACGGUAAUAGUUUUAAUGGUUAGCUGAUGGUUUGUAAUGGUAUUUGUAGUGGAAACCAUUAGAAUUUCUGUGAUGGUUUCUGUGGACAGAGCCUAUUUGAAAGAUUCUAUUUCUAUUAUUAUUACCAUUCAACCUAAUAGUUGUAACCUAAAUUAUGACUGAAAAAUAGGUUGCUUGUCAAGUUUGGUGCUAAAUGGAACUUAAUGGAAUGAUGCUUUUCCUUAUUUGUUUAAUUAUUUACAUUUCCCCUUUGGACAAUGCUCAUAAGUGAGCACUGUGCUGAUAUUGAAUGCUCAAUUGUCGAUGCAAAUAUUGCUUCUAGACCAAAUCCAUAAUAAUUUUUAUAACUAGGGAGCAAAGGUAGCAGUUUGUUGCCAUAAACCGCAAUACAAGGUUGCACAAGUCCUGGAUUAUUGAUUAAACAAAGCAGCAAAUUAACAGUGGAUUGCUUUGUUGCCUAUGAGUAAAAUGAUAACUGGCUACUGCAGGAAGCUGCUAGCAGGCCAGUGUUUUUUUUUUUUGCCCGACAGCAGCCCAGUAGACAUAUUGUUUUACACACAGGUCAAAUGUACAGAAUUGAAGUGUAUGGUAUUUGAGCUUGAUAUUAAUGUGCCUAUAAUGAUCAUGGUCUAACCAUUUAAAUGUUUGUUUUACUUAAAUGUCUGAGUUAGUUGUUACCUGUUUUGAGCAGCAGGCUACAGCCUGUUCUGCAAAGGAACACUUUUACACCCAAUAUCAAAGUCCAUUUACAUGAGCCCUCGUUUUACCUUCUGCCUAGUGUGAGUUACACUGCAUGAUUCCUGAGUAAACUGUACUGCUGUGAGUGCAUACCACUAGCAUGCAUGAAAUACAUUCAGAAGGAGCUACUGUAGAUUAGGAGAUAAAAGACAAAAGGACCUAAGUUUGAUUAAACAAUAAAGGAUAUGCAACACUGGCAGCAACCCAGUUAUGAGCCCUACCUACCAGUCACAGAGAAAUCUAAUCCAAUCACCAGAGACAUUGAUAGAGCAAACCCUGAAGAAAUAGUACAAAUGCUGCAAAAGUGUGAUGCAGAAAUAUUUGAAAGAAUAUCACAUGGAAAUCCCAUGUAUCAGACACUGUGCAGCUCAUCUGUGGUGCAGACAAUAGUUGAUGUGUCCAAGAGGGUUGAAGUGAUUCUUAAGGAUCCAGAAGACAGUCUGAUUGUCCUGAGUGGCUGUGGGACUUCAGGCCGUGUUGCAUUUCUCUUGGCGACAUCCCUUAAUAGGUGGCUUGCUUCUCAUCAUCAAAAGCAGAUCUAUUCAUAUAUCAUUGCUGGAGGUGACAAAGCCCUGCUAACAUCACAGGAAUCUCCAGAGGACGAUCCGUUUCUGGGAGCUCUCACACUGGACAAGGCUUGUGUAGGAAAGAAGCACGUCCUCUUCAUUGGAAUAUCCUGUGGCUUGUCUGCACCAUUUAUUGCUGGCCAACUUGACUUUUGUCUGAGGAAUCUGAAGAUCUUUACUCCAGUGCUGAUUGGAUUUAACCCUGUGGACAUGGCACGGACUGAACCAAUUCAGAACUGUUCAUUUCACUUCAAGGAGAUUGCAGAGAGAAUGAAUGAAUUGCAGAAACAGAAAAAGGCCUACGUGCUCAAUCCAGCAGUAGGGCCAGAGGCAAUCAGUGGAUCUUCAAGAAUGAAAGGAGGAAGCACCACAAAAGUAAUUCUGGAAACUAUCCUUUUGGCAGGCCAUGAAGCUGCAUGUAAUAAUAAAGCAGUAACCUUCAAUGGUAUACUGCACUCACUCAAUAAGUUUGAGAAAGUUCAUCAGAUCACUUACUCACACACGAAAGAACUGGCAGCACUGGUUGAAAAAGCAGCAGUAAGUCUCCGAAGGAAAGGACAUGUGUAUUACCUUGGAUGGCAGACUCUUGGCAUUAUCGGGAUUAUUGAUGCUAGUGAAUGCAUUCCAACAUUUGGAGCAGGCUUUGAAGAUAUCAGAGGCUUUGUUAGCAAUGGCUUCAGUGAGAUGAACAACAAAGAGGGAGAUCUGUCAUCUCUAGGACCACAUUUCAUUAUUGACCACAAGGAUUUUGUCCACACCAUUUUACCCAAUCUGAGUGACAAUGACACAGUGAUAUUUCUCUAUAGCGAGAAUGAUGACCUGAAUGAGGUGUCAGCACUGGCCAAGAGUGUGAGACAACACACUUCAAACCUUCAUGCAAUUGCCCAUGAGCUUACGGGACUCAGUGAUCCUGAAAGAAUGAGAAGUCAGUUUAUGGCAGUCCUCACUAUUAAGUGGCCCUCAUCAUUGCAUAAGUACAACCCUGUCCUAAUGAAACAGCACUGCGAGCUUUCCACUAAAUGGUGCCUCAAUGCGAUCAGCACAGGGGCUCAUGUCCUUACUGGCAAAGUGUACAUGAAUUACAUGAUAGACCUCAGAGUAACCAACAGCAAACUCUACAGAAGAGCCAUUCAUAUAUUAAAGAGGUUCACGGGCAGCACCCAGGCACAGUGUGAGACAGCUCUGCUAAGAGUUAUCUAUGGCGUAGAAGAGCUGAGUGACGGGAUGAGCUCGACUAAUGUCACACAACACACACUGGUGGCUAAUGAAAGGGGCAGUGUUGUUCCCAUUGCAUUGGUGAUGUUACAGUCUAGAGGCACCAUCGCUGAGGCCAAGUCCUACCUAGAUGCUUAUUCUGUGAUCCGGGAUGCAGUGGCUGCCUGCCAGAGUUGGCUUUAAUAUAGGAGCACU